AUGUCAUAUUUGUGUGGACAUGCAAGCUCUGAGCUCUCUGUUAGCGUGACUCCUGACUGCGUGGACUCCAUCGAGAUGACAACGCACGGCGACAUGAGGCCUCGGGUGAUGGGUAUGAUCCUGAGCAUCGCCUCCUGCCUCAUCAUUGCCACCAACCUGCUGGUGGCAGCCGCUCUGCUGAAGCUACUUCUCAAGAAGAGCAGCCAGAGCUGGUGCUUUGUCCUCAACUUGGCGCUGGCCGACGCCCUGGUGGGUGUGGCCAUCACCGGCCUUGCCACGGAGGACUUCAACAGUGACCAAAACAGCACCUCUCAGAACCAGUACAGCCCCAUCGCUGCCGAUCUCCCCACAAACGCCACGCCUCCUGCUCAGGGCAAGACCCGCUGUUUGAUGCGGAUGGCCUUCGUGACAUCACCCUGCACGGCAUCCAUCAUGUCCAUGUUCCUGAUCUCACUUGACCGCUACGCAGCCAUCAAGAUGCCCCUGCGGUACUCCCAGCUGUGUGGGAAGGGGGCAGCAGUCGGGUCCCUGCUGGCUCUGUGGAUCAGCGCCCUCACUAUGGGAUUCUUGCCAGUCAUGGUGCGGCAGCUGCAGACCGACGGCUACGACGGCUUCUGUGCCUUUUUCUCCGUCGUUCACCAGGUGGGCAUGAUUGCGUUAUUCAGCGUGUGCUUCUUCCCCGUGCUCUCUGUAUUUGUUUACAUCUACCUGGACAUCCUGAAGAUCGCCUGCAGCCACCAGAAGCAGAUCUGCCAAGUAAGGCAAGCGAGUUCGAGGACAGCUGACCAUCAUGGCCAUCAGCAUCAGGAGCAUCAGCAUCAGCAGCUGAGGAGCUGGAGCCACGUCAAGGCCCUGAGGACAGUGGCAGUGCUUGUGGGCUGCUUCUUGGUCCUCUGGUGCCCCUUCUUUGUGGCGUGCAUAGUGCACCUUCUGUGUGAAAGCUGCAAACUCACAGAUGUGUUGGAGAAUUAUCUGUGGCUCUUGGGACUGUCCAAUUCAUUGAUCAACCCUCUGGUGUACGCCUUCUGGCAAAGGGAGGUGCGGCUGCAAUUAGCAGCCAUGUUUUCCUGCUUUACAGGCAGGUCGUUAGCUGCUGGACCACCAGGUUCCACUGAAAGAAAUAACCUGCCGAAUGUGCUGACUCAAGCUGGCGCCCCUAGUGGAGAUUCCCUCAACCCAUCACUGUUACAGCCAAUUAUCAGCGGCCACAAGGUUGUGCAAACAUCUGCCACAACCAGUUUAUGA